AUGGCCGUGAUAACGACCUUGGUUCUCUCAGCCCUUUGCGCGGGAACUGUCACCGCAGGCAUGGACUGGGGUUUCGGUGCAGCACUCGUUGCCACUCGUGCACCAGUCAAUGUCAAGUCUGAGCAAAGCACCACUUCCACUACGUUUUCGGGCACUUUGGCCGAAGUGAUGGCCCAGCUCGAAGAAAUCCGCCAGAUGCCUCGUUGCAAGCAGGCGGCAGCAAAAGACCUCGUCCACUACUGCGCCACCCAUGAUCCAGCAGGUACGCAAUCGGCACACAGCACUCAGGCCGAGCUGGAAAUCUACAAGCAGCUAUUCGCUAUUCGCAUAACUCACUGCGAGCUUGAAAGUGCUGGGCAGUCUUUGCCUUCUGCCUGCGAUCAGAUUGUCGCUGACCGGUGCGCUACGAGCGAGUGCCAGACUGGAAGUUGCCUCGCAGCUCUCUUUCCAGAGACCAACGCGUGGACGACCUACAUGACUCAGACGAACAAUGGCCAUGUCAUGUGCCACGCCAUGAGAGCCGAGCAUGACAAGGAAGAGAAAAUUCGCCUGCUCAAGUUUCUCAUCGAGAGAACAUCAGACAUCGGCUCUGCCCUCGAAAUGAGCCAACAGAACCUCGAGCACCUCACUCAGACGCUCCAUGAUGUCAAGCACUCCACCCGUAUCUUCUACGAUGAUAUGACUAACAGUACCCGGGACCUCCAAUCUGAAAUCAAACAAUCAUUCAACGAGAUUCACAAGGACACUUCUGGCAUCUCCGGUGUUGUUCAGUCCAUCUACUCCUCCAUGGACCAGGCGAAGAAGCAUCUCGAUGAGUACACUGCUGAGGUCUUACAUCAAGCUCGGGCUAUGACUGCGCAGAAGGAUGACGAGUCGAGAGAGCAACUUGCACAAUUUCAGUCCAAGAUGGAGGCUGUCCGCAAUGUCUAUGAAUACGAAUUCCAACGUGGCCUCACGGACCUCAGCAAGCAGAUAUUUGCGCUCACCGAUAGUAUGGAGAUCGCAGGUGCCGUCACAGGUCAAAUGCUGAACAAUUUCGACACCCUUGACAGCCAUUUGGACAAUUCGAAUCAGAAGAUGGGCGACCUUCUCGUGCAAAUGAACAACGCCAGUGACAUUCAGGAGCGGGCGACUGCACAGAUUCAGGACGCUCUCGACCCCAUCGUGCACGAACUACAAGGCUUCCGCGAGACGGUUGGGUGGCUGAUAUUCUGGCCCAAAACUAUUCGCAGGACCGUGAAGUUCUUGCGCGGGCCGGACGUGCAGUUGUUCAUGAAAUCAUACGGUCUAAUUUUGCCAUUCGCUGCGAUGGCUUGCUGGAUAAUGGGGUCUGGCUCUGCAAUCGCGCUACUUGGUACAUGUUGCCUUGCACUGUUCAUUACGAUGACCAAUUCUCUUCGCGUCACACAAGACAGCGUUGACGCCCAUGCGUCAUUCUACUGCAAAGCAUCACCAUAUGUCGUUAAUCUUGCUUAUUUGGUGGCCGGUGCUGUCAUUGCGACCGUCAUCUGCCGCUCUUACUUCCGCCCCAAAUACGAUCCAGCUGCCCAGCUGGAUCCGUACACUGGUCUAGACGACCUGGACAUCGCAGAGCAGAAACAGAACCGCAGCCGUUUUUGAUCGCCUGAUUACGAACAUCACAUCGCCACAAAGCAUGCUACGAAGUGCUGCGGCAUGCUAAAUCAUGCCAAAAUACGCCACGACACGCAACGACAUACUUUGAAAUGCUACGACAUGAUACGACAUCCACGACUUACACUUCACGACUCAGUACAUGCGACGCAAAUCCAGACAUCACUUACGACGUCUGGUAAUCAGUAGCUACGUUUCUCGAACAUCUACGACAUCAGGAGAAGCAUAUCAGUCGGGUUGUUUUGCUUUCUAGGGCGCGAUCCCGCCCGUACGCGGCAUACGACAUCUUAUUGGAGCAUAAGGAGGAAGAAAAGAGUUAUGAAGCAAGAGCAUCGUUUUUGACAAACUGCCAAAGCUAGCGCGAGAUACCCCAUCAUGUUUUUUUGUUUUAGAAAAGUCGUUAAAAUCAACGUCAGGAUUUACUUCCGAUGCAUGCUAUCUUGUUACUUGUCACCGUCUGCUAUGAGUAGGGUAAGUGAUCGAGCUGACUACUGUGGUUAUGCUGUCGCUCCAACCUCAAUUUGGCUAGGAGCGGAAGUGCUGCCAUGGCUUCGCGAAAUAUCAUCAUUAACACGUUCAGCUGUGUCGCAACCUUCUGCGUCGACAUGGGCAUCUGUGGUCUUCUUGUGCUCCCUCUCU